AUGUGUGACAAAUACAGAGUGUCCUCCUCUGUUAAAGUGGAGCAGAUGGAGGCGGAUCUGUCCCGUCAGCUCUCAGCGCUCCGGGCCGAGAUUGAGGAGAAUGGAUUUCCCUCCAGAUGUUACAGUUCUGUUCCACCACCAAAAGAUAUUUCUUUCUUCCGUGCGGAGAGGGAACAUACACUGAGGAGAGGGCUGCAGGUGGCUGAAGCUUUGCCGCUUCAGUCUAUGGCAGAUAUCAUGCAGAAAGAGCUGGAGAGUUGCUUGAGUUUAGAGUACACUCCAGACAGUCUGCCCCCCCUACUGCACCAGUUCUACACUGACAGAGCCUAUCAUCUGGCUCAGAUCAAAUAUCUGCUCAUGCUGAGAUGGAGGAGAUUCUGCCGCCACACAAGUGUCAUUGAGAAGCUUUAUCCUCAUUACAAGGAUCAGGUGUCACGUUUGACGAGUGAGUAUGAGGACGCCGUGCAGAGAGCUCGCAGGCUGUCAGUGAGCAGAGAGAAGAUCCUGACCGGCCGAGGAAACACCGCCAACCUGCUCACUCAGGAUGACGUGCUCAUUUACCUGCGGUGGCUCGUCUGCCAUCUGCACUCUGUUCACACCAUUCACAACUUCCUCGGGGUGCUGCACUACAUCCCAGUGUGUGAAAGAAAAGAUAAAGAACCAAAGCUUCAUGAGGAAACUUCACAUAAGGCUCAACAUGUGGACGGUAUUUCAGGACUGGCUGAUAAUGUUCCUCUGCACACUGUUCACCUGGAGGAGUUUCUACCUGAGCUGCAGACUUUGAUCGCUCACUUCCACCUGUCCUACGACUCUCGGAAACUCAGGAGCACCGCAGACGAGAUGGAGUUAUUCAGCCUGGUGUGGAGGGAGUUCAGAACGAUUUUCAGACAACAGGAGCAGAAGAAAACGUUUCCUCAGUACGACGGCACAGAGGUCAGACAGAGCCAGUGGGGGAGGAAGAGUGGCUGCGCUCUGAGGAAGGAGGCCAACUGGAUCCCCUUCAAUCAGGUGAAGCCCAGACAGGAUCCGUGGCAGCAGAAGCUCGUCACAGCGCUGAAGGAAAAGAAAUCUGUUGAUGAGCUACUUAAGAUGCACAGCCGGUUUCUACAGGUCUCUGAUCUGCUCCGUGUUGCUGCAGCUCUGAAAGAACACGCCGCUCAUGUUGUUGAAUUAGAACAAGCACAGACAUCGUCAGUUUCCUGCAGCACUAAAACAAAACAAGAAAAGAUCUCUGGGAUCUGGAUGAGCAUUUACAGCGCUGCCUCUCGCACUCAGGCAUGUAUCAUCCAGUUUUCUGCUCAGAGAGACUUGGAAUAA